AAUAAAUCCAGAACUUUCUACAGCUGCAGUUGUUGCUGGUGUAAAAGAGAGCAUUCAAGUUCGAAACAAUGUACUACACAGAGACAAAAUCGCAGAACACUUUCAAAAAUACCUGGUCCCAGAGAAGCACCAAGGUUCCAAAGUAACAAAAUGUCAGUCAUAGCAGAAUUACCAAACAGUCCUCUAGAAAAUGACAUGGAGGUAGAAACUUCUGCUUCUGUACCAGCUAGAAGCCAAUCAGCUCUUCCUGUUGUACGACCUCGAACUAGAAAUAAUUAUUCUUCUGAUAGAUACAGUAUACAAUCUAAUGAUAAUGAAGUGACAGAAGGAACUCCACAGUCUCUCAGACUUGUGUCUGCUGCCACUCAAGCUCGGAGGAAAUCUAAUAUUGUAAAGGAAAUGGAAAAAAUGAAAAAUAAGAGGGAAGAGAAAAAAGCCCAGUUUUCUGAAAUAAGAAACAAGCGUGCACAGGAAUAUGACAGUAAUUGUCCAAAUUGGGAUUUUGCACGAAUGGUUAAAGAAUACCGAAAUACUAUUAAUUGCCAAUCUUUAUCAAUGAAUGAUCCAAUAGAAGAGCAUAGAAUUUGUGUCUGUGUGAGAAAACGACCCUUAAAUAAGCAAGAACUUGGAAAGAAGGAAUGCGAUAUAAUCACUGUUGUUAGCAAGAACAGCAUCCUGGUGCAUGAACCAAAGAUGAAGGUGGAUCUGACAAAAUAUCUUGAAAACCAGCCUUUUCGAUUUGACUUCUCGUUUGAUGAAAAAGCUACCAAUGAGAUGGUUUAUUGGUUUACUGCUAGACCACUUGUGCACACUGUUUUUGAAGGAGGGAAAGCUACAUGUUUCGCCUACGGCCAAACUGGUAGUGGAAAAACUCAUACCAUGGGUGGAGACUUCUCUGGAAAAGUACAGAAGGCUUCAAAAGGAAUAUACGCUUUUGCAUCACAGGAUGUAUUCCUCCUUCAGAAUCAGCCACGAUAUAGGGCACAAGGCCUAGACAUAUAUGUGACCUUCUUUGAGAUAUAUAAUGGAAAGUUAUUUGAUCUUUUAAACAAAAAAGCAAAGCUGCGGGUGCUGGAGGAUGGCAAACAACAGAUCCAGGUUGUUGGCCUACAAGAAAUGCGUGUGAAUUGUGCUGAGGAUGUUAUCCGAAUGAUUGAAGUAGGAAGCGCCUGCAGGACAUCUGGACAUACAUUUGCCAAUUCCAGUUCCUCUCGAUCACAUGCUUGCUUUCAAAUUAUUCUGCGCAAAAAAGGAAAGCUUCAUGGCAAGUUCUCCUUGGUGGAUUUAGCUGGCAAUGAGAGGGGUGCUGAUACCUCUAGUGCCGAUCGUCAGACACGGAUGGAAGCAGCAGAAAUAAACAAAAGCUUGCUGGCACUAAAGGAAUGUAUUCGUGCUUUAGGUCAAAAUAAACAACAUACACCUUUUCGGGAAAGUAAACUUACUCAGGUGCUGAGGGAUUCUUUCAUUGGAACAAAUUCCAGAACUUGCAUGAUUGCAAUGAUUUCCCCAGGCAUGAGUUCCUGUGAAUAUACUCUAAAUACCUUGCGAUAUGCUGAUAGAGUGAAGGAACUUCCUAGCAAUGGAACAGCUGGCGAGGCACAAAACUGUAUGGAAACUGAGUGUGAAGAGUUUGAGAUUAGCAGAGAAGAAUCAGACCAUAUUCUUGAACUUUCUGAAGAUGAGCUGUCUCCUCAUCUGUCCAGUUUUCGUGAUGCUCUCACCCGGAUUAGUGAAUUGGAAGAGAAAGCAGUAGAGGAACUUAAGGAAAUCAGGGAGAAAAUGAACGACUGUAACUAUCUCCUGGACAUUGCGGAACAACCAGAUUAUGACCUAGAGGCCUUUGUGUACCAAACCCAAUGCUUCAUAAAUGAAGAAUCCAAAAAGUUCCUCAGUCUGAAAGAGACUCUAGACGAACUAACGCUAGCCAUGCAAAUGGAAGAACAAGCCAGCAAGCACCUGAAUCAACGUCACCUUCAAUAACUGCCCACCUGUUAAAUGAACCUUUGCCUCCCUUUAUUUGUCUGUCACUUAUUUGGUUGGCAAUUAAUGCAUUUUAAAAGCAAACAGAUGAUCCAGCCUAUUUGCUUUGAGUGGGUCUUUUAAACCUGAUGCAGGAAACGGACAGCUUGCGGACAAAAUUUCUAGGACUCCCCCCCCCCCCGCCAUUAUAGUACUGAAAGCUGCAUGGGGGGGGCUUAUUAGUGUUACAUGUUAAGCGUGUGCAUAUUUCUAGUGUAUGUAGACUCUUUGACUAAAUAUUUUAUAUGUUGCCACUAAGUGCAAACCAGUGGCUCUUAAACUGGAUUUGCUGUUCUUAAGAAGUGAGUGAAACGGUUAAUAAAUUUUUCUGAAUUCA